GCCCGAACCUUAACUAAGGGAACCCGACCGGGCCCGUUUGACAUGCCCAAGUAUAAGUAUGAACGGGAAAGGAGACGGGAGAAGAAACGAUGAGUAACCAGAAAAACAAGAAGACAGAGGGAGACGAGGUGGAAGAGCUGCUCCGAGCAGCGGAGGACGAGCUCCUCCUCAACCUCAGCCUCAACUCCCACAUGUCCCGCGUCUCCACCUCCUACAUCGACCCCGAUCUGGACCGCCGUUUCGAGGCCCUCAAAUCUUCCUCUUCUCCUUCCUCCAAAACCAACCCACCACCGCAAAACCCAAAACUCAAAGACCCAGUUGCGAAAAAUGUCCAGACUCCUCAAGAGCCCCAUCUGGAUGCCGAUCAUGAUGACCUCUUGGCUAGAUUCGCUGCUCUGAAGGGCUCAAUUUCUGAGGCUACUGCCACUGCUGCUGAUGGGGAUGAUGACGAUGACGAGGAGGAUGAAGUUGACAAGGUGAUCCGAUGGGCCAUGGAUGCUGCUCGUCUUGAGAAUUCGCCUCCUACCCACCAAGUGGCCCCCGAAAAUGGGAAAUCAAUAAAUUAAACUGUCUGAAGGUCUUUCCAAGAACCUUAUCAAAGCUUUAAGGUGAUCUUAAUUAAGCACUGGAACUGAGUCGAGAUUCUAUAAAGUGUUGGGCCUGCUAGGACAGGAUCUUCAUUUGGUAAGAUGAGAAUUGCAGUGUCUUGAGAGUUCUUACACUUGUGAACAUGUUGUUCUUCAUACCCAGAAUGAGUUUAGUUGAGACAUGGGAUGAUGGAUAUAGAUUGAUAUUGAUGUUGUGUGUAAAUUGCCCGCAUCAUCCAAGUCUCUGAAAUGGAAAACUGUCUCAUGGGUCUCCAUUUAAA